AUGUGCGACCACCGAACGUACCAUGGUACCACAACAAACUCCCGCCUGCACCUGAUGGCUCCUACCAGGGUCAUCCUCGCCGCCGUGAGCUCAUUCGGCGUGGGUGCUGCGCUGGGAUUCUCACAGGGCAGCAGAAUGGCCGGUCUUCAGUUCCGUGCAGAGCAUGCCCAUAAGCUGCCUACCACGCCCACCGGGUGGUUCAUGUAUCACAAGAGCAAGAACUACAACAUGGCCAGGGCAAGCGUGAGAGAGGCUGUCCGAAUGGGUGCCAAGGUCUCCUUCUGGACCACCGCCAUGUUCUCCAUCGAGAACCUCUACGACAACUAUCGCCAGUCUAAUGACUUUGUCAACACUGUCCUGGCGUCCUUGACCGUUGCUGGUGGCUUCAGUGUUUGGAAUAGGUUCAGCCUCGCCAUGACCGCUCGAACGACAAAGACCGCACUCGUCGUUGGCCUCGUCUACGGUGGCAUGCAGGAUGUUAUGGGGGCAGCUCGAGGUCGACACAUAGGCUACAUUGACUGGUUUCGAAGACGCUUCGGAUCUGUUGCUGAGGGGAAAGAGACGACAGCCCCUUGAGGUCCUGGGCACUGGUUGUCUAGACCCGACGCAGCACCGCCCCUGUCUUCUGCUGAACUGGGAAAAACCAUCUUUAGGGGAUGUUUUCGCGGCCAUCAUGCACGGUUGUAUGCGAGAAGAGCCACUGCCCGAUUGUCGGACUUGAUUUCUUGUCCUGUCUACGUCGUGGGCUGGACUUAUUGUUCGAUCCAAGCAGCGGCUUCGGGAGACAUGGCAGCAUCCAGGCGCCUCCUGCCAUCCUUAAGCCUCCUUGAGCCGUUUCCCCACUGGAUCUUUGUUACGCUAAGGUUCACUCAAGGACGUGGUGGAACACACAAAGCAGAUCUGGGCUAUUGGCCAUGCUCUGGUUCUACCACCCCCUGGCGAAAGGUCGACAGGCCGCCAGACUAGCGAGGUCAAGCCAGCCCCCGCACAUCGGAUGUAUGCUAUGAGUAGCUCCAACGGGAUCCACAAAGAGCCGAACUGCACGCC